CUCACCAUCCGUGAGAAAUGCAUGCUCAAGUUCAUUGAGGACAUCACCAACAAACCAGAGUGGUGGGUCAAGGUCCAGGACCCAGAGAUUUCUGCAAGAUGGGCCAAGGAGGUUCUCGAGAUGCCUUGGGCCGAGUUUCAUGAGCAUGCCAGUUUUUCCGAGGCAAUGGCCGACGCUUGUAUCCUAGAGCUGCGCGAAAAGGCCAAGCUCUAUCAAGAGACGGGUCUCAUCCCGGUCAUGGACUAUAGCUCAGCCGCCAUCAAGUCUGACAAGCUCAUCCCUGAGGAGCUUCGAGAGGCUCUCAAGGCUGCUGUCGCUCCUCUUGAAAACGUUCCCGAAAAGCACAAGGACUGGCAUCCCGGAAGUGAUGAAAAGGUCCUUGACCUUGUUCAUCCUUCACUGUUGCCCCUUGUCUAUGGACGCUCGCACAUUCUCCCCAACAAGCGCAUCAACGUCGAGAAUUGUCUCGAGCAUUGUGGCACGGGUGAUGUGCUCCCUGAGUUGCCCGAGACGCCCAGGCCAGAACCCAGGUACGGCCGUAGCAGUCACCCGACUGCUAUCUCCUCAACUCGCUUUCAAUGGCUUCCCUGUGACAUUGAUUUGACCGGCGAGCACCCACGCAUUGACAGCUACAUCAACAACCUCCACCCAGUUCAGCAUGCUCCUCUCUACCCCAUCAUCGAACAAAUCAUUGCAAAAUCUCUACCUGCCUGGGACGUCAUCCACAAAUGGUAUGACGAAUAUCAAGUUCAACGUGUCGUGGCGACUCGCGUCGGCACCGACUGCCAGGCUGACGAAUGCAGUGCCGGGCGGUAUUCUUAUUGCUCCCCUGUGAAGCGACCGGUAAACGAAGGCGAGCAGCCUCGGGAAGAGGAUGAAGAAGACGAGGAAUGGUACGAAAGUUCAGAGCGUCAGAGGCUUGACAAAGAAUGGUUCAACUCUAAACAUCCGGUCUAUCAGCCGCAGCCCAAGAAGGAUUUGGAGGAUCUCUUCAAGCUCAAGACCAGCGACGUGAAAACCUCUAAGUUCUUUGGAGGCAAAUCUCGCAUCCAGGUCAUUGUCAAGCUUGCCAACAUCCACCUCACCCCCGAGAAGCCCAAGUACGAUGGCGGCUCUUGGCAUAUUGAGGGCCAGCUGAAUGAGCACAUUUGCGCAACCGCUCUCUACUACUAUGACUGCGACAACAUCACUGACUGUCAACUCGACUUUCGCACGAUUGCCGAUGGGGAUGACCUCUCGAUGGAGCUCAGCUACGAACAGGACGAUCAUACUUCUAUUAUGCGUACUUUUGACAUUGACUCGCAAGGAGACACCGUGCAGAACAUUGGAAGUGUGCUCACACGCCAGGACCGGAUGCUCUUCUUCCCCAACGUAUACCAACACCACGUCAGCCCCUUUGAGCUAGCUGACAAAACGCGGCCUGGCCACCGCAAGAUCCUGGCUCUGUUCCUCAUCGACCCUGUCAUGCCCAUCAUCUCGACAGCCAAUGUGCCGCCUCAGCAGAAGCAUUGGUGGAGCGAGGAGACAAUACCCGGAGACCGCCUUGGCAAGCUACCGCCAGAGGUGACAGAGAUGGUUAUCAACAACAUGGGUUUCCCCAUCACCCUGACAGAUGCCAAGAAGAUCCGAGAGGAGCUCAUGGCUGAGCGGAGUGUGAUUCAAGAGGCAGCCGAGGGCGAGAUACGACGCCAUGAGUGGAACUUUUGCGAGCAUUAA